AUGAGGAGGAGGUGCCCGUGCCGCUGCCGCUGUGUGCUGCCCUCGCCGUCGCUGGCAACCGCGAACACAAGAAGCGCCGCCCGGAUACAAACAAAUCAGUUGCCGGCUCGAUCACCCGAUCAAAGCUUGAUUCCGAUUAUCGGACCCUUUAUCAGCUCCGUGCGCCGCAGUUUGCCCGCUGGCCAU